AUGGAAGCAUUACAGCGUAUGGAGGGAGCUCUUCAGCGACAGACGCAGCAUGCUUGGAUGCAAGCUCGCAUGCUGCUUGCCAUCAUGGUGUUUCUACACCAACUUGGUUCCAAGUUGCAGACGGGUGUAGCGGGAUUAUUUCUGCUCCAUGGACAACUGAAACUUAUGCAGAAGAGCAUUGAGGCGAUCCCCGAUCGCAUGAUAUCGCAGAGUCUGGCGUGCUUCGUUGACGCGAAUGGCAGGCCUUUCACUCUGGACACCCGACUGACGUGGACAUGGAAGCGAGGUCGACAUGCGAAAACCGUUCACGAUUGCUUUUCGUCUAGGCUACGUGAUAUACCUGGUGCACUUGAAACAGCGUUUUAUAAUUUGACGAGUAGCCAGCAAAGCGUUGUCACUAACGUCAUCCAAACAGAAGGACGGCUCGAGAAGAUUGCCAACGCCGAAUGGAUCCUGGCUGAUGUGCACCGCUACGGGCCGACAUGUUUCGGCCAGCUGGUAGACGUCACGAAAAUCCGCGUGAUAUUGCAAAGACGGAAUCGGCAAGAAGGGACGAGUGCUUGA